AUGCUAGCCAGGAUGGACAUGAGUCCAGAAGACGAAGCCUUUGCUCGUACCCAGGAUAAACGAGUGCAGUGGUUGCACGAAAUGGUCAUGGCUCGUGGCGCGAGGACUGAUGAGCAGAACAAAUACUUCAAGGACGUCCUUGAUGGUCUAAAAUGCGUUGACUAUAUGUCCCAGACCAGUACAAGCAUACUCACCUAUUUGACGACUGGCUGA